AUGUUCAGUGGAUGCUGCUGCACCGACUCUCAGGAUUCGCAGGAAGCGCAGUUCAACUUGCCGAUUGCAUCCGAUGAGAAGACCAUCCCUUACCUGGCAACUGACAGAAGGAUAGCCACUUCGAAGGAUGUGCCAUCGGCUCGGUCCACGCGUUCUCUGACGCCCGAAGAGAAGGAGGCCGAAAAGGUCCGCUUACAGGGUUUGGUGAACAACUUUGCAAAGAAAGCAGUGCGAGGUUGUCCCUGCGUGUACUUCAAAGAAGGCACAGCGACGCGAUUCGAGACGCAGUAUCGGAUAGACAAGAGCCUGGAGUAUUUGAUCUUGGUGAACCCGCAGGAGCCAGGAGUCACAGAAGUCACCUGCCCAAUUGCGGCCAUUCAGGACAUCUACUCCAUGGCUGAGGAUGGCUCGAGCUGCUUUCCCCCGGAAGUCAUCGCGGCUCUGGGGGCAGAGGAUAGAGAACGGCUUCUGAUGAUUGUCUUCAGCGACACGGACGGCAAGCUGUUCAGGUUCUGCUUGGUGGAGGAAUCAACCGAGAGCCGCGACACCUUCUUGGAGUGCAUGAGGAUUCUUUGCAUCUACGCACAGUCCAACCCUGGUGAGCGUUGA